UUAAUUUGACAGUUAUAGCGUUAAAAAGUCAUAACAUAACCUGAAAACACAUUGUUAUUAAAAUUCAGAGAGUUAAAUUGUUGUUGAAGCAGUUAUAAUAAAUUAAGACAUUACCUAUUACUCAGGACAAUAUUGUAAAGACAAUGGCAGAAACUGGCCCCUUUUCCAGCAGUACUGCUUUCUGUGCGCGAUGUGGCUCCAUAUUACCUUUGCUGCAAGAAUUCGGCUCUGUCAAAUGUUACGCUUGCAAAGCCUCAUUUGAUGCUGAGAAUUUCAGCGAUUUAAAAUUCAACUACACAAUUCACUUCAACACGGUAUCAGUGGUGACAAAUGAAAAUAUACUGAAUAUGGAUGGUCCGGAAGGUCCCGUUGUGGAACGGAGGUGUCCGAAGUGUGGUAACGAUAGAAUGUCCUAUGCUACGUUACAACUGCGGUCAGCUGAUGAAGGACAAACUGUGUUCUACACUUGUAUAUCUUGCAAGUACAAGGAGACAGAAAAUUCAUGAAAAUUAUUUUUUAUUGUGUUAUACGUAAGGAAUUUUAUUUUAAGUAAAUGUUUAUUCUUUUA